CCCACUCAUCUGGCUCUUUUCCUGCAUCCAUGCCUGCACCCUUCACCAGGAAUCAGCUGACUUUGAUGCAGGUUGUCAAAUAAUCCAGUGUCACACAUCGCUUAAACAGAGUCCCGGCCCGAUUGCUGCACAAAUCAUGGACAGUAACAAGGACGAAGCCUUGAGAUGCAUUGAGGUUGCUCAAAAGUACAUUAAAGAGAGGAAUAAGGGAAAAGCCCUCAAAUUCCUCAAUAAAGCCGAGCAGUUGUUCCCCACUCAACAAGCUCAAGAUCUUUUGCUGCAAGUAUCUAUAAUGCCAGAUAACGUGGAAACUGAGCAACCGCGAAAGCGAAAGCUCUCCGUUCCCCGAGACGCGUCGCCAAAGAAGCCCGAAUAUACAUCAGAGCAGGUGGCUCUAGUGAAGCGAAUAAGGGCCUGCAAGGAUUACUACGAAAUUCUGUGCAUCAGUAAAGAUGCCACGGAUAACGAAAUAAAAAAGUCGUAUAAGAAAAUCGCGUUGCAGCUGCAUCCGGACAAAAAUCGGGCACCAGGCGCAGAUGAAGCUUUCAAGGCAGUAGGAAAUGCCGUCGCAGUGCUCACAGACGUAGAGAAGCGCAAGCGGUAUGAUUUGUAUGGCAAUGACGAGGAAAGAGUUAGCAGACACAGCAAUCAGCAAUACAGCCGCGGGUUCGAAGCAGAAGUGAACCCUGAAGAGUUAUUCAACAUGUUCUUCGGAAGUUCGUUAGGAAAUCCGGUUUACAUGCGAAGAGGGGGCAGAUGGCACCGCCACUAUGAGGAACCGCCAUCGGAGCGGCGCCAAAGAAGAGAAAACCGCACUGAAAACAUGUCGGCGAUCACCCAGCUUUUGCCCAUUUUGCUAGCGGUUUUUUUAUCUAUGGCAUCCAGUAUGUUUAUGUCUGAAUCGCCUUAUUCGCUAAGCCCAAAUACGAAAUACACUGAGCUAAGAAAAACCAACGAGUUGCAAAUUCCCUACUAUGUGAAGCCCAGUUUCCACGACGACUAUCCGGGAUCCCUAAAGCGGCUCGAGCAGCUCGUUCAAGAGGACUUUGUGCAGAGCAUGAGGCUGCAAUGCACCAAAGAAACCAAAUUCCGUGAAACCAUGAUCUGGAAAAGCAAAUUCUCUAAUGAUCCUGAGAGCUAUCGGAAGGCGGAGCGGCUGAAGACUCCGUCCUGUUCGGUCAUGGACAACCUAAGGAAAUUCCGGCAUCCGUGAAGACGUGCUUAAACUUCUAUUUGUUAGGGAGCGGUUUGUUUUAAUGUAUUCGUCAACGAAAUUAAGGUAAUAUUGACAAUGAGACGUGAUUUUGCCAUUCAAUUAGAGGGGAAAAUGCUUUAUGGUUUGCAUUUAGUUAAUAUAUCAAGUUCAAGUUCAUUCUGUAUCAAUUUCCAGGCAUUGCGGAAUGAGGGUGGGAGGAGGUUUUAAUGUUUAGGGGCAUACCAAAGCAAUUCUGUUCGGGGGUAGAUUUUCCAAUAUAAACAUAUGCAACGUUACUAGAAGUAGAUGAGCACUUUCAAGUCACAUUACCAGUCACAAAUGUUUACAAUUAAAAAUUCUCCGUCGGGAGAAGACCAAUUCAAACUUACUCGACAUUUAAUUAGCCGUUAAAUGUAUAACAUGUAUUUAGUAAAUUAGUAAUAAUGGUAAAAUGUAGCCCUGUAAAAUUCUUUUCUAAUUUUUUCCAGAACGUUUAGAAAUGAAUUUUAUGUUAAAUAUUAAUUUAAAAAGUUAAUCAAUAUCGCUAGUCAAACCA